UUUGAAAUAUGAUAAUUUUGUUGAUAUGCUAUGCUAGCUAGCUAGCUAGCGGUGUUUAUUUUUGCAUGUUAGGUUACCAUUAACUUUCCUCUCUUCACUGUCUCGCCACUGUAUCAAGAGAAAAUAGAAAACGCUCUGCAUGAAGGGCUGAUGGAAAACGCAAGAGAUUUGGCUGAACGGACUGUUCGUUCAGAAAGGAAGAGGCGGGACUCGUUUGGGAUGUUCGAUGGCUAUGACAGCUGCAGUGAGGAUUCUAGCAGUAGCUCGAGCUCCGAGGACAGCGAUGAAGAGGUGCCCUCCCUCCCUGCCAGCCUGCCCAUCAUCAAGACCAACGGCCAGGUCUACACCUACCCCGAUGGGAAGGCAGGAAUGGCCACCUGUGAGAUGUGUGGGAUGGUGGGAGUGAGAGAUGCUUUCUACUCCAAAACCAAGCGCUUCUGCAGUGUAUCCUGUUCAAGGAGCUACUCAUCCAACUCUAAAAAAGCCAGCAUACUGGCCAGACUGCAGGGUAAACCACCAACGAAAAAGGCUAAAGUAUUACAGAAGCAGCCUCUCAUGGCGAAGUUGGCUGCCUAUGCCCAGUACCAAGCCAACCAACAGAAUCAAGUCAAAUCAAAAACAGUGAUUCCUGUGAAAGGCUUUGAUUGGGGACGCUACAUAGGCACCGGCGACAUUAACGGGGCACCUGUCGGCUGUUUCAAACAUGUUCCCAUGGGAACUUCUUGGGGUGACCUUGCAGAAGGGGUGAGGGUAGAGGUGCCCAAUACAGACAGCGGCCUGCCAAUGAAGGUGUACUGGAUAGCAGGAGUUAUCAAAUUAGCAGGCUUUAAGGCACUGCUACGGUACGAGGGGUUUGAUGGUGACUCUGGCAGGGAUUUCUGGUGUAACAUCUGUGUCCCUGACAUCCACCCGGUGGGCUGGUGUGCAGCAGGAGGAAAGCCCCUGGUUCCUCCCAAGUCCAUUCAGCACAAGUGCACCAACUGGAAAGCGUUUCUUGUGAACUGCCUAACAGGAGCAAAGACUCUACCUAUUGAUUUCUCCACCAAGGUGCAGCAGAGCAUGCAGUUUCCCUUUAAGAAACUGAUGCGUGUGGAGGUGGUGGAUAAGACUCACCUGUGCCGGACGCGGGUGGCCCUGGUAGAGCAGGUGAUCGGAGGUCGGCUUCGGCUCGUCUACGAGGAGUGCGAGGACGGCUCGGACGACUUCUGGUGCCACAUGUACAGCCCACUUAUACACAGCAUCGGCUGGUCCCGCGGCAUCGGACACCGCUUCAAGAGAUCUGAUGUUUCAAAGAAACUUGAUGGCCAAGUAGAUGCCCCAGGACAGCUUUUUGUGAAGGUGAAGGAUGUUGACCAGAGCGGGGAGUGGUUUAAAGAUGGCAUGAAGCUGGAGGCUAUUGACCCUUUGAAUCUAUCAGCUAUUUGUAUUGCUACUGUUAGGAAGGUCUUGGCGGAUGGAUACCUCAUGAUCGGAAUUGAUGGUUCCGAGGCAGCUGAUGGCUCUGACUGGUUCUGCUAUCACUCCACCUCUCCCUCUAUCUUUCCUGCUGGAUUCUGUGAAAUCAACACAAUUGAACUCACCCCUCCACGUGGGUACACAAAACUCCCAUUCAGAUGGUUUGACUACCUCAGGGAAACGGGUUCAGUGGCAGCUCCGGUGAAGCUCUUUAACAAGGAGGUUCCAAACCAUGGGUUCCGCCCUGGCAUGAAGCUGGAGGCUGUGGACCUGAUGGAGCCCCGGCUGGUGUGUGUUGCCACAGUGACACGUAUUGUAUAUAGACUACUGCGCAUCCAUUUUGACGGCUGGGAGGACGAGUAUGAUCAAUGGGUGGAUUGUGAAUCACCUGACCUCUACCCUGUGGGUUGGUGUCAGCUGACUGGCUACCAACUACAGCCACCAGCUGUGCUAGCCUCUAGAGAGCUCCCUCCGAGUGUGACAAAGCAGAAGAAGAAAUCCCAGCAGUACAAAGGCCAAAAGAAAAAGAGGAAGAUCCCCAUUGGUAAGCGGCCAGUGAGUUUGUCGGGGGUGGUAUUGAGUGGAGUGCCCCAGAGGAACCUAUCUGGAGACGAGAACAUGACCCCGCCAGACUACCCAUCUCCUCCCACGCCAGCAUCUGCCCCUGGGAACGCACAGCCUCCCUCGGCAGCCCAGGAACUCGCCCCCAACGGAAAGCCAGGGGUGACACUGCAGCUGAAGGAGGAGGUUCAGGAGACGGACGAGUUCACUUUCCCGCAGGGCACAGCCUCUGACCUAGAGAACAACGGCUCCGGCUGCAGUUACUACAUCAAACAGGAACCCUGAGCCUCCAUGGGGCACUGCUGCACCUACCACCGGAGGGCCAGCCUGGGGGCAAGAAGGAGCCUGUCCACUCCCUCUCUCUCCACAGCACCAGAGACCAUGGGCCCUGGGUGGCAUCCCCACAACAUUAACAUGGAAGGUCACCAAGGGGUCCAAGCUGUGCCCAUAGAGAGAUUCAGGACAGAACGGCUCAAAGACUAGUUCCAGACAGACAGCGCAAACGGAGAGAGGAGUGUAGAAAAUAAAGGAAAAAAGAGAGGUGCGUAAAUGACAAUAACUUUACAUUUCAGUUCAGUUUUUUGUACUAAAACAAAAAAAAGUUUUUGUACGAUUUUUUUAAAUCCGAGAUCUUUUUAUGCAUCUCUCGUAUUCGUUACUUUGAGGUAGGGUAAUCUUUUGAUGGAUAAACUGUGUGAUGUUUUAGUGUGUGUAUAUAUAUAUAUAUAUAUAUAUAUAUAUAUAUAUAAUCAGAUUUUCCAAAAAACAGGGUGUAUGUACAGUUGAAGUCGGAAGUUUACAUACACUUAGGUUGGAGUCAUUAAAACUAGUUUUUUAACCACUCCACAAAUUUCUUGUUAACAAACUAUAGUUUUGGCAAGUCGUUUAGGACAUCUACUUUGUGCAUGACACAAGUCAUUUUUCCAACAAUUUUUUACAGACAGAUUAUUUCACUUAUAAUUCACUGUAUCACAGUUCCAGUGGGUCAGAAGUUUACAUACACGAUGUUGACUGUGCCUUUAAACAGCUUUGAAAAUUCCGGAAAAUUAUGUCAUGGCUUUAGAAGCUUCUGAUAGGCUAACAUUUGAGUCAAUUAGAGGUGUACCUGUGGAUGUAUUUCAAGGCCUAUCUUCAAACUCAGUGCCUCUUUGCUUGACAUCAUUGGAAAAUCAAAAGAAAUCAGCCAAGACCUCAGAAAAAAUAGCAAUUUCCAAACGCCUGAAGUAACCACGUUAAUCUGUACAAACAAUAGUAUGCAAGUAUAAACACCAUGGGACCACGCAGCCGUCAUACUGUUCAGGAAGGAGACACGUUCUGUCUCCUAGAGAUGAACGUACUUUGGUGCGAAAAGUGCAAAUCAAUCCCAGAACAACAGCAAAGGACCUUGUGAAGAUGUUGGAGGAAACAGGUACAAAAGUAUCUAUAUCCACAGUAAAACGAGUCCUAUAUCGACAUAUCCUGAAAUGCCGCUCAGCAAGGAAGAAGCCACUGCUCCAAAACCGGCAUAAAAUAGCCAGACUAAAGUUUGCAACUGCACAUGGGGACAAAGAUUGUACUUUUUGGAGAAAUGUCCUCUGGUCUAAUGAAACAAAAAUAGAACUGUUUGGCCAUAAUGACCAUCGUUAUGUUUGGAGGAAAAAGGGGGAGAAGCAUCCCAACCGUGAAGCAUGGGGGUGCCAGCAUCAUGUUGUGGGGGCGCUUUGCUGCAGGAGUAUCUGGUGCACUUCACAAAAUAGAUGGCAUCAUGAGGCAGGAAAAUUAUGUGAUAUAUUGAAGCAACAUCUCAAGACAUCAGUCAGGAAGUUAAAACUUGGUCGCAAAUGGGUCUUCCAAAUGGACAAUGACCCAAGCAUACUUCCAAAGUUGUGGUAAAAUGGCUUAAGGACAUCUAAGUCAAGGUAUUGGAGUGGCCAUCACAAAGCCCUGACCUCAAUCCUAUAGAACAUUUGCGGGGAUAAUUGAAAAAGCACGUGCCAGCGAGGAGGCCUACAAACCUGACUCAGUUACACCAGCUCUGUCAGGAGGAAUGGGCCGAAAUUCACCCAACUUAUUGUGGGAAGCUUGUGGAAGUCUACCCAAAAUGCUUGACCCAAGUUAAACAAUUUAACAGCAAUGCUACCAAAUACUAAUUGAGUGUAUGUAAACUUCUGACCCACUGGGAAUGUGAUGAAGGAAAUAAAAGCUGAAAUAAAUAAUUCUCUCCUCUAUUAUUCUGACAUUUCACAUUCUUACAAUAAAGUGGUGACCCUAACUGACCUUAGACAGGGAAUUCUUACUAUGAUUAAAUGUCAGGAAUUGUGAAAAACGUAGUUUAAAUGUAUUUUGCUAAGGUGUAUGUAAACUUCCGACUUCAACUUUAUGUUGGUAUUGAAUGGACUAAACCUUACUGGUAAAAAACAAUCACUCAGAUAUAAAGUAGAAACACCCCACCAAUCAGCUUCAUACCAGUUCCACACAUUCAACUAGGAUUUGAGCACCUGACCACAUUCUCUGGAUCUUGUGUUCCAUUUGUGUGAUAGCCAAUCAUGACUGACAACUAUCACUGGGACAUUUACCAAGGAGAAUGUGGUAGAUCCCCAAAUCUCAGGUUGAUCCUUUUCCCACACUAUAUUUACCAUGCCUUAUUUAAAGUAUGUUUACAAAUAUUACUCCUCUUGGCCAGUUGAUUGCAGGCAAGUUUGUCAAAUCAAAAAAUUAUACUCUAUGAAAAACAAGUCAUUCACUGUGGUAAUAUUUAGUUCUAUCACAGUUUACUACACAAUGAUAUGCAAACCUUGACUCUUGUGUCAAAUAAUACAGAGAUCUAUCUGAAAUGUUUUAUAUCUAAUGUAUAUAGCAUUAUUCUACAUGAAUUAUGUUAUAAUUCAUCUAUCUGAAAUGUUUUAUAUCUAAUGUAUGUAGCAUUAUUCUACAUUAAUUAUGUCAUAAUUCAGAGCGAUACUAUAAAUGUGAGUAGAGGAAAUAUUCAAGCCACUGUAAUAUUCGGGCUAUUGUUCAUCAUUAGUGUUUCAUCACUUCACUACCAUCAACAACAUGAGAACCAUUUAUCGAAAUAGAGAAUGUACUGCCUUUGUAAAAGAAAAUCUUCAAAAUAAUGCUUUGUUUACUCUUCCUCUUUUAGAACUUGAAUGUAAUCUCCUGUUGCAAGGUAGUCCGGUUCUGGUCAAACCACACAUAAAGGUGAUUUUCAUGACAAUUUAAAUCACUUUGUGUGCAUAUUUCUUAGUAAGUGAUUGAUAGGCUUGGGUUAAAUUGUCACACUCACUGACUCAUGAUCAUUUUAUUCAUAGGCCAUCCUUUCGUUGGGAGAUAUGAAAUGAAUGUCAAUAUUGAUUUAUAAAACAAAAUAUAUCACAUUAAAUAUUUAUUAACAAAGCAUACAGUAUAUAAGAGCCAAUUUACAAACAUGAUAUGGUGAUUUAUUUUGUGCCAUAUGGGAAAUUAAAGAGGGAUUAUAAUCUACAUACUUUAUCAAAUACCGACUGCACUUCAUUGUCUCACUUUAUAUACCAGUAAGGUUGACAAUUUACUCUCAGGAAAUCUUAGCGUAUUGUAUUAUAGGCUUCUUCUUCGUUGUUAUGGUUAUUGAGAAAGGUGUUGUCAUUGGCUGUUGGCAUGCUGAAAUUAGGCUUCAGAGAUUGAUGUGGUCAACAGUAUUAACAAAAUGUGUUAGUCCAAGAUCGGUCUUUAAAGUAAAUGUGUCACUUGGUAAACCAUCUCACUAAUGUAGAGACCUAUCUGAUUGUGAUACAAGGUCCCAUUUCAAGUGGAUUUGUCAUAUAUUUUGUCUCUAGAGGUAGGAUUAACUGUCUGUCACUGUUUGAUCAUGUGUAGGUGUUUCUUGAACUAUUUUAUUUUUUCUCCAAAAGUUCAGUUAAAUGUUAGCUUUGUCGAUUUGUCUUACUGUUGUUACUGUAUGUUUCAAUGUCUGGCCCUGCGUGAAACUCAAACUAGUAUAAGUCUCAAUGAAAAUGUACAUUUUCGUGUUGGCUGGUGUAAACCAGCUCAGGUGACCAUGGUGAUGCCAAAGAUUGCCUAAGGUCACUGUCAAGCAAUAACGUCUUAUCACAGUACUCUCCUAAUGCAGUGAGAUCCUAAGCUUUGAGCUGUACUUACACUCAAACUUCAGACUGUGCAUCAAAGACCGAAUGGUGGAAAUAUACAUUACGUUAAUAUAUGGUAUGACUGUUUUGAGGUGACAAACCUUGCCUCCAUCGUCCUUCUAAUACAAAUGUUAAACAUGAGAAUUCAUGGUAUUUGAAUGAAGAAAAGAAACGCACAAAUGUACUCAAUAUAGGGCUACGCUAUUCUGAUCAUGAUGUUCAUUGACGUUCAAAUGCAUUAUUUCAUCAUAAGAAAAGACAGUGUGUUUGUUGAAACCAAAAUAUGUGCAUGCAGCAGUGUUAACAUCAUGUCCUCUUGUGCUUAACUAGAUGAUCUUGGUUUAUGUGUAACUAUGGGUCUGUGUGUAUGUGUGCUUGUUUCUAUUGUGAAACCCCUUCAUUGUCUUUGUAUUAUGGUGCUAUAUAUAUUUGAUAGUCAUAACCUUAUAAGAAUGAAAUGAUUUAACUGCCCAUGGUGGAGAAAUUCAGUUCUCUUGUAUUUUGGAUACAACUAUGAAAAAUGUGUAUUGAAUUAACUGCCAAAACAUUCUUUGCAUGGCACUUGUGGGAUAAAUUCAUUUUUUCCCCGCAUCCAAGUAUAUUGUUUUUGUUCCUUGGUUUCCAUGGUAAAUGGGCUGUGAACAUGAAGUUUAAGCUACAGUAUAUCAAAUGUAUAGAAAUAUUUAGAUGUUUACUUUUUAAUUUUGCAGCAUGUUUGUGGAAAAAGCAUUAUCGUAAAAUAAAUUAUUCAACUUACUUUUUUUA